AUGUUUGAAGUGGUGGAAGCCAACAAUUGGAACGUUGAUAGUUUGGAACACCAAAACACAAUUCAUGAGUUUCAUCGCGUUAGCAAGAGGCAAAGAAGAGCAUCCCGCUUUGAUUAUUCAAAUCGUAAAAAACAUCGGUCGAAGCCUACGGCACGCAUCUCGUACCAUGAAGGUCUUCAUAUCAUUCGCCAAUUCCUAUUCUACUCCUCUCUCCAUACCGUUGAAGACCUACAGGUUUUCACGUCCCAGUCGGUCCCUAGUCCUAGGUGGGUGAAGGUAGACAAGCUUCGAGUUCCCGAGGACCAUCUUGCAUCGGCAGCGGACCUCAUUAUUAUUCAACUUGGCUCGGAAGGCCUAUCACAGUUUCCCUUCCCGUGUGCUUUGCAAGAUUGCCUAGCAGCAUAUUUAUAUCUUUUAAGCAUGUAUAAGCCGUCAGAAAUCAUAAUAGCUGGCGACUCCGCAGGGGGUGGAAUCGCACUGUCUAUCCUGGUGACAUUGCGAGACCAAAGAAUGCCAUUACCUGCGGGUGCUAUCCUAAUGUCUCCAUGGGUUGAUUUAACGCACUCUUUUCCAUCGGCGUCUGGUGACGGACAUGGGGAUUAUGUGCCUUCCUACGGCUUCAUCCAUCGUCCUUCUCUUUCGUGGCCUCCUCCGAACACCGACGAGAUAGAUACAAUUAUGAAGGCUGAGGAAACACGAGUUAAUGGUGGUUCACGUACUUCAAGCUCUGUCCACGGCCAUGACAAGAGUACGAAAGCCGCCAGACGAAGUUUCCGUGGCGUGACGUCGUUGACACAUAGCAAAGAAACCUCUGUGGGACAUCGAUCUGACACUUCUUCAAUAUACGAACCUCAUGAGAUAUUCCAUAAUCGAAAUCGUACCCUAAAGGUCGAAAUCGAUGGACAGCUCGUUGAACUUAAGGACCAGAUCCACAUGUACACCACCAAUGAACUGCUCUCACAUCCCCUUGUUUCUCCUGUUCUCCAGCCAUCAUUGGGCGGUUUGCCUCCCAUGCUGAUCCUAACGGGAGGCGCGGAGCUCCUUCGUGAUGAGCAAAUUUACCUGGCCCACAAAGCUGCUGACCCAGCUUGCUUCCUACCGAGCGAGGAAUACCUGGACCGCCACGAUCCCAGCCGCCAGACUGUAAAUAAAUUCCCGCCCACAUUCGUCCAACUUCAGGUGUGGGAUGAUCUUUGUCAUGUUGCCCCUACUCUGAGCUUCACACGCCCAGCAAAAUAUAUGUUUCGAUCAAUUGCCCAAUUCGGAGCUUGGUCAUUGGCUAGAGCACAACAGGCAAGCAUUGACAUUCCCUAUUAUGCAUCUGAAGUUUCGUCAAGUGACGUUGAUAGUUCGCAUACAUCAGCUCAAAAAAGCGCAACACCCAGCCCAUAUUCAGGCCUCAUGGUGAUUGGGAAGGCUGGCGAUCCUCUCCCACAAUUCGAGGACUACAUGAUUCGUCAACGGGUGGAUGGCGACGGUAACAUAUAUCCCUUGGCAGCGCGAUCCCACUUUGCUGCCUUACAAAUGUUGCCUGAAGAGAUUGGCGUACCCAAGCCCGGCCCAGUGCUAAAGUGGCUGCGAGCCAAGGAGGAAUGGGAUACGAAGUUUGCAAAGCAGAAAUCCGCGGUGCAACGGCAAAGGCUGCAAGAGAUUCAGCAGGGGGUUGGCGUAUUCCGCUAUGGUGAAUAUCCUCCACUAAGUUCGUUAGCAUCGAGAAAGGACAUAUCUGUCGCCUACGAAGAGGAAAAAUACAAGAAGAGCCAUGGUAUGUGGCUGUGGAGCCUCAUAGCAAACAAACAUGAUACGGCGGCUCUUGCAAAAGCACAAACAGUGGGAGAAGCGGAUAUCCGUGUUGGUCCACAACCCAGUUUGCACAAAUUGCCCUCCAGAAGGUAUUCGCUCCGCAAUCAAGUUUUGCCUCAUGUCAAACGAAAACAUAGGCAUUCCCAUCAGGAACGCACAGUAUCAGAUCUUGGCCAAGCGGCCGAAUCCAUGCCAGUUCUUGAGCCUCCCCCACGCUCGAGGAAACGAUGCGACCCGCAAUUCACCAGUUCAGGCUGUGACCCGACAACUCCCAACCAACCUCCACCCGAGGAAUUCCAGCUAGGAUUAUUGGCAGGUCCGCAGUUUCUCAAUCACGACGGCAGACGACCCUCAUCCAUCUACACGGAUGACGCGAGUGAGAGGUCAAUAAAUGAUGCGGAUGGUGUGAUUUCGCCCCUCUUUAGAAGAUCGAGGCCAGAUGGUGAAUUUAAAACUCAAUGUGAGACCCCGAGUGUUGGGACAAAUCCUGACCCAUUUACGCCCGAACAGAAUGACCUGCAAAGCACUAGCGAUCCUUCUGGCGUUGAUAGGAAUGAAAAAACCACGCCCGUUGACGACCAGUUGCCUGUUAAAGAGGACACCGAGCUACGGGGCGACGCCCGCGGGGAUACUGCCCAGGGGUGCAACCCCAGCAAACUCAAGAAAUUGAAGUAUGACUUCGAAUUUGACGAGUAA